AAGGCAAGUUUGAGGAGAUUGCAGUCAUCUCCUUUAUCUUUUCGAUCUCUGCUUCCAUUUCUUAUGAUUUAUGUUCCGAAUUCAUCAGAUCAGAUCAGAUCGAUAGGUGUAACUUGGUUCAACAGCAAUGUCAAGAGCUAAUGAUUCUUGUCCUUUGGUAAAAAACAUCCUUCUUCUAGACUCUGAAGGAAAACGUGUGGCUGUCAAGUAUUACUCGGAUGAUUGGACAACUAAUGCUGCCAAGUUAGCUUUUGAAAAGUAUGUCUUCACGAAGACCUCUAAAACCAAUGCUCGCACAGAAGCGGAGAUCACACUGUUGGAGAAUAACAUUGUUGUCUAUAAGUUUGCCCAGGACCUUCACUUCUUUGUUACAGGAGGUGAAGAUGAAAACGAGCUCAUCUUAUCAUCUGUUCUACAAGGCUUUUUUGAUGCCGUUGCAUUACUUCUCAGGAACAAUGUUGAAAAGAUGGAAGCCCUUGAAAACUUGGAUCUCAUCUUUUUGUGCCUUGAUGAGAUGGUUGAUCAGGGGAUGGUAUUGGAAACAGAUGCCAAUGUCAUUGCGGGAAAAGUAGCAAUGCAGAGCACAGAAGCAAGUGGUUCACUCUCUGAACAGACAUUAACCCAAGCAUUUGCAACGGCGAGAGAGCACCUGGCAAGAAGUCUUUUAACAUGAUUAUCAUCGUUGUAGCAAAAUGAUCUUUAAUCAUGGGCUUUUAAUAGCCAUACCUGAAAUUGUUGCUGUUCACUAGAGAUGAGUGCAUGUUUACUCAAGUAUCUUAUGACUGAUUUUCUUACAAAUCGUUUACUUGUAUUGUUUCCUUUUGGAAUUUAGAUCAAUUAUUCUUUUUUGUUGGUUA